AUGUGGCCCGUUGCACGAGCUUUAGAGAGUCAUGAACAGCUGCAGGUACAGUUGCUUGUGCGCAGCCGCUACCUGGGACCUGACAAGCUUCUGGGGUCCUACACUCUGGUGUCGCAGAAGUUGAGGUUCGAGUGGCCCGUGGCACGAGCUAUAGAGAGUCAUGAGCAGCUGCAGGUUCAGUUGCUUGUGCGCAGCCGCUACCUGGGACCUGACAAGCUACUGGGGUCCUACACUCUGGUGUUGCAGAAGCUGGUGCAAGAUGGCAGAAUAUGCGUCUAUGACACACUGGUGGACCCCAACAACAAACCAUUACCUGCAACAGUUGAGUUUGAGGUGACGUAUUGUCCCCCUGACGGAGUGUCUACAGCUGGCUCGUCAUUCUCCACACAACAGAUGGACAUGGACCAACAGAUGCUGAUAGACAUUGAACAGAACAUCGCCAACUUGGAGCGGAGCAUGAGUCAGGGGCGGAGAGGUAGUUGGCAGAGUGGUGCGGGGACGUCAGCCCCGAGAGGGCAACACCGCGGGGGCCUACAGCGGGGAGGCUCACUAUCCGCUCCGGAGAAAUACGAGACCUCCCCUGCCCCUGAGAAAAAGAGCAGGGGAGGUAACUUCAAGUGUAGUGUGAAGAACCUGAUCCGCCUGGGUAAGCAGCGUCCCCCCCGUGAUGGUGGGAGAGGGGAGUCGGGAGCUCUGCUGGACCAGGAGUGUGGCCCUGCUAUUGGCUCCCCGGUACCUCGGCCUCCUAGCGUGUCCAGUAUGAGCUCGGACAACGAGAGCACCACAUCCCUCAACCCCGACAGUCCUCAUGUACCUAAACGUUCAAAACCCACAACCAGUCUGACUUUGUUGCAAAGUGCCCUCAAAGCCCAGGACUUUCAGGUUUGCAUCACUAUCAUCGAGGCCAGACAGUUAGCGGGCCUCAACAUGGACCCAGUGGUGUGUGUACAAGUAGGCGAUACCAAGAAAUACACCAGUGUGAAAGAAAGCACCAACUGUCCAUACUACAACGAGUAUUUUGUGUUCGACUUUCAUAUGCCGGCUGUGAUGCUUUUUGACAAAAUUAUUACUUUAUCUGUCAUGCAGUCAAGAAAUAUCCUCCGGUCAGAUAAAAUGCUGGGCAACUUUAAAUUAGACGUGGCCACCAUUUGGGCCCAGCCAGAUCACCAGUUCUACCACAAAUGGGCAUUGCUGACGGACCCUGACGACAUCGCCGGGGGCCCCAAGGGAUACCUGAAAUGUGACAUCAGUGUCAUCGGUAAAGGUGACACAGUCAAAGUGCCUCCAAAAAGUGAAAAGGACGAAGACGACAUAGAAGCUAACCUGUUGUUGCCUGAUGGAGUACCUGUAGAGAGACAAAGAGCAAGAUUCAUUGUGAGAGUCUACAGAGCAGAUGGUUUACCUAAAAUGAACUCCUCUCUCAUGGCCAACGUUAAGAAAGCCUUUACUGGAGAGGUUAAGGAUCUUGUCGACCCUUAUGUACAAGUCUCCUUCGCUGGACUAACGGGUAAAACGUCAGUCCGGAAACACAGCUACGCUCCUGUUUGGAACGAACAAAUCGUCUUCACUGAAAUGUUUCCACCAUUGUGCCAAAGGAUCAAAGUCCAACUACGAGACAACGAUCCUGUCAACAACACCGUCAUCGGAACUCACUUCAUCGACCUUAAAACUAUAUCUAAUGAUGGGGAAAAGGGUUUUUUACCGACAUUCGGACCAACUUUCAUCCACCUGUAUGGAUCGACUAGAGAUUACACACUGAUAGACGAACAUUCUAACCUCAACACCGGACUGGGGGAGGGGGUGUCGUACAGAGCGAGGCUGUUGAUAGCGAUAAGGACGGAGAUAACAGACAACUUGGACAUCACGCCUUCGCAAGUCGAUGUGGAACCUACCUACCCAAUAACUGAGACAUCCUAUGGCAAGACGGAAGAGUUUUUUCUAUUCGCCACGAUCUUGGAUGCCUCCAUGAUAGAUAAGAAACUUGGUGACAAACCGAUCUUCUUUGAGCUCAGUAUCGGCAAUGCGGGAAACACAUUGGACGGCCACAACGAAACUACUCAAGAACCUUCAGAUUCGGACAGUGACGACAACUUAGAGGUAGUCACCUCAGAGUCCAUCUCCUGGCAGAGUACGACUCACCCCAUCAAACCCAUGACCCACGACAGAGUCUACUACUUCCUACCCUACUGGGACGACAAACCUUGCAUGCAUGUGAGGUCUCUGUGGCCGGACUACAGACGACGCAUGUACAACUCCAACAUCAUCAACAAGAUUGUGGAUAAACUGGAAGAAGGUUUGUCGGAGGUCCAGUCCCUGGUAGAAGGUGAGGACGGGGCAGCAGAGAGACAGUUACGUAAUGUCCUCGAGGAGCUCAGUAGUGGUUGUGCCAGGUACAUCAGCAUCACACGAGGGGCUGGCAGCGGACCCGGUCUCGGCAAGACAAAACUGGACAAGGAACGGAUGAAGUUGUGCCAGAGAGAUGUUGAACACAUUGGGAAUAUGGCUCGCAAUCUGAAGGCUUUGGUCACAAAACAUUCAUUCAAAGACAGAUACAAAACAGCACAGACUUAUCUUCAAAAGAUGAAAUUUCUAGUAGAAGAUCCGCAACACUCUCUGCCAGAUGUGUUUAUCUGGGUGAUCAGCAACAACAAGCGCAUCGCCUACCAGAGGAUCCCAGCCAGAGACAUGGUCUACUCCAUAGUGGACGAGGAGUCCGGCAGACAUUGCGGCAAGGUGUUUACGGUGUUCCUCAAGUUGCCAGGCAAAAAAGGUGUCGGUCCGAGUGGGUGGGCGAUUCAGUGCAAGCUGCAGAUCUACAUGUGGCUCGGGCUGGUGAAGCACAAGAAGAACUUUGUCAACGGUCUCACCAAGGGAUACGAGGUAUCUCAUGAAAUCCGCAACGCUGAGAGACCUCGGGCGAUGCCGCCUUCUGUCAUACACUACACCAGCAAGUUUUCGUUUCAACUGAGAGCGUACAUGUACCAAGCCAGAUCUCUGAUUGGUUCAGACGCGUCCGGACUGUCAGAUCCGUUUGCUAGAGUCAUCAUCGGAGAGUAUUGCAAAACCACGCAGGUGAUAGAUGAAACUUUAAGCCCUACGUGGGACGAGCUGCUAGUAUUUGAUGAGAUUUUAAUAUACGGAACGAGAGAAGAAAUAAAAAACGAUCCACCGACAAUCAUCAUCGAGAUAUUCGACCAGGAUAAAGUGGGCAAGUCUGAGUUCAUUGGCAGAGCGUUGGCCAAGCCUCACGUCAAGCUGCUGGAAGAACCUUACGAAAAACCGGACUUUCCUCCAAGUCUAGAAUGGUACGAGAUACACCGAGGGCCUGAAAGAGCCGGGGAAUUGCUGGCGACGUUCGAGUUGCUGCAGAUCGCCUCGUCGUCCAGAGACAGAGCUGAGUUACCCGAGCUGCCUCCACCCAAGGAGCUCUUCCACGUGUCACAACCCUCGGGUGACCCUGAACACGGACCUCUACUGCCUGUUCCUCGGGGCAUCCGACCCACCCUGGCCAAGUACAGGAUAGAAGUUCUCUUCUGGGGUUUGCGGGACCUGAAGCGAGUGCAUCUGAUGACAGUGGACAAGCCGAGGGUGGAUAUAGAAUGUGCUGGACACAUCUUGUACUCCUCCGUCAUACAGAACGCCAAGAAGAAUCCCAACUUUGGAACUCCAGUGAAGUUUUUGGAACUAGAGUUGCCCGAGCAAGAAUUGUACCGGCCGCCGCUCACCAUUCGCUGUGUUGAUUGUCGCAGUUUUGGCCGCUUCACAUUGGUCGGCACACACAUGAUCAACUCCAUACACAAGUACAUGUUCACGCCACUCACCAAGCGAGAGCGGGAAGCUGAGGAGAGGAAACGAUCCUUGCAGCAGCUGCAAAAUGAGGAGGCCGGAGAGGCACAGACUACACAAAACACCCCUAACACCUUCACCCCCGGCAACCAACAAGUUGUGUUGAAGGAAAACGCUCCUCUGCUCAACAGGGAUACCAUAAUGGUCAAUUAUGGUACAAACCAAAUUAGUGUGAAAGACAUUAAGACUGAAACAAAUAGAAAACGGAAACAGAGCGUUGAAGACUUUGACGACGACGAUGAAAACAGAGACUGGUGGACAAAAUAUUUUGCAUCUGUAGAGGCAAUGAUUGAGGAAAGUAAAGAAAAGCGGAAAGAAAAACAGCUGCAGUUGACAAACGGUUCGCUGCCGAUCCACGUGGAGUCGACACCGUCGCAAAACUCUCCUUCUGCCGACAAUAAAGCUAACAAGGCAAAGUUGGGACAGAGUGCUGCGGCAAAGAUUGUGGCAAAGUUGAGCCCGAAGAGUGUGCGGCGGAAAGUGGAUAAGACAGCUAAAAUGAAGAUAUUUCCUAACGACUUGGAAGCGCAGCCAGUAUUCAACGGGUUCAGUGAGUGGCUGCAAACAUUUGAGCUUCUCCGAGGCAAGAAGACUGGAGACGAUGUGGAAGAUGAGAGCAGAGUAGUUGGAACUUUCAAGGGUGCCAUCAAAGUGUACAAGUGGCCACUACCUAAAGACGUAGAAGACCAUACUAUCAUGGGUCUAGACCCGCAGUACGGGUUCUUCCAGGGUUUACCCAACAACGAUCCGAUCCAUGUGUUAGUCCGGGUCUACAUAGUGAAGGCCAACGAACUACACCCGAUGGACCUCAACGGCAAGGCUGACCCGUACGUCGUGUUGCAGCUAGGGUCAAAGCGGGUCAGUGAUAAGGAAAACUACAUCUCGAAGCAGCUCAACCCGGUUUUUGGCAAGUGCUUUGAGAUUGAGGCGACGUUUCCACAAGACUCAUUGCUCACAGUGCAAGUUUUGGACUGGGAUUUGGUCGGGUCGGACGAUCUCAUCGGUGAAACCAAGAUUGACCUAGAGAACAGAUUCUACAGUAGACACAGAGCCACUUGUGGCAUUGCCAGCAAAUAUGAGGACUAUGGCUACAACAGAUGGAGAGACCCAAUGAAGCCCACCCAGAUACUGGCGAAGCUGUGUAAAGAUGGAAAGAUGGACGCUCCGGCGUACUCGCCUGGAAAAGUCAAGGUCGGAAGAAGAACCUUUUGCUUACAAAACACCGAGGACUCUCCGGACUGGUACAACAUCAAAGGAGUAGAGGAGCAUAUGGCCUUAGCAGUUCUGCACCACUGGCACGAGUUUCCCCGGAUAGGUUGCACCCUGGUACCUGAACACAUAGAAACCCGACCUCUCUACAACCCGGACAAACCUGGGAUAGAACAGGGUAAGGUUGAGAUGUGGGUAGACAUGUUCCCCAUGGACAUGCCUCUGCCAGGGCCUCCCCUGGACAUCUCCCCGAGGAAGCCAAAAGCGUACGAGCUGAGGGUCAUCAUCUGGAAUACUGAUGAGGUCGUACUGGAGGACGACGCGUUCUUCACCGGAGAGAAAAUGUCUGACAUAUACGUUAAAGGGUGGUUAAAAGGCCCUGAAGACUGCCAGUGCACCGACAUCCACUACCGGUCCCUCACUGGGGAAGGAAACUUUAACUGGAGGUUUACGUUCCCGUUCGAAUACCUAGUGGCCGAGGAGAAGAUUGUCAUCUCUCGCAAAGAGUCGCUCUUCAGUUGGGACGAGAGUGAGAGUAAGAUCCCAGCGAGGUUGGAACUUCAAGUGUGGGACGCAGAUCACUUCUCUGCAGACGACUUCUUAGGGGCAAUAACUUUGGAUCUAAACAGGUUCCCCAGAGGAGCCAAGUCCUCAAAGCUCUGCACACUGAGCAUGCUAAAGACUGACGGAAGUGUUCCAAUGGUGAAUAUAUUCAAGCAGAAGAGGGUUAAGGGUUGGUGGCCUUUCUAUGUGAAGAAGGAAAAUGAAGAGAUGGAACUGACAGGAAAAGUGGAGGCUGAAAUCCACCUGCUUACUCAAGAAGAGGCGGAGAAAAAUCCAGCAGGGCAAGGCAGAAAUGAACCAGACCCUCUAGAUAAACCAAAUCGUCCCGAUGCUUCAUUCAUGUGGUUCCUCAACCCCCUCAAGUCCAUCCGCUACAUCGUCUGGCACAACUACAAGUGGCGGAUCCUCAAAAUGCUCAUCGUCAUGGCUCUCUUCUUCAUGUUCUUCCUCUUCUUCUACUCUCUUCCCGGAUACACUGUCAAGAAGAUGCUGGGAGCGUAAUCCGUCGUCCGCUUGUCUGGAGACCAACGUUCAGCAAUGUCUAUCCCAGCAAUAAUCCUCGGCAAAUAAGUAGUUUUAUUGAUCAAUCAUGAUGAGUUUUAUCGAUAGAUUAAGUAGACAUCCCAUUCCAACGUUAAGGGUUGUGGUCGGUAUUAAAAUUAAAAUUGUCUAAUUGAUUUGAGCGACCGACAGAAAGUGCAUAGCUCAGUUCUUUGUUUUUGUCUAGUAAGCUAAGGAUCUUCCUAAUCCUGAUUCCACCAAUACAAAUCUAAAGUGAAAGGUCAAAUUUGUAAUCUAUGUCGGAUCUAUGGGAGGAAACUAAUUUUGCAUUUACUACACUCUGUGGGUGGCUUUUUCAGCUAUAUUUUUUACUUGUAUAAAAAAUUGGCUACAUCUGGUCCAUAAAGGUUUUGUCUACUACAGUAUCCAAAAUUCAAUGAUUAUAUAUUGAGAGCAGCUUCUGAAGUGGUUAAGCGGUGUUUACACGAAGCCAGUAGGCACUAGUCAGUCGUACCUUUAGGUAAUUUUAAAAAUACUGAGGCAGGUAACCUACCUUCUGUAUUUGUGUAAACACCGCUUUAGAGCAUGUUAAUUCUGUCCUGAUGUCCCAGAUCCUAAUCCAGCCAAUCACACGUGGAUUUAGCUUUGUGAAGAAUAAAGUUCAAAAUAAUGUCAACGGCAGCAACUUUAUCCAAAUUUAAUAGUUAAAAUUAAACAUUAACACUGAAAUUAAUUUAACGUUUUCUUCUUCAUAAGUUGAGAAAUAAAAUUGAAGACACAAUUUUUUUCUUG